ACCUGAGAACCACUGAUCAGGACAAAAGAAGUGCAGAAGUUUCCUUUAUCAUUAUUAACAUCAACAGCCAUUAUAUCAGCACAUUAUGUAUAGACCAGUCACAGCUUCGCGUACAUCUUUGCCGCUAUGGAUGAUUGCCCUCAUUGUGUUUGGAGUGUUGGCAAUCCUGGGAACUACCAUAGGUCUCCUGGUUCAUUUUCUGGCAGUAGAAAACACGACCUACUAUUACAAAGGCAGCUUCACAGUGCUGGAUAUCCCAUAUAAUAGCAAUUAUGAAAGGGAGACAUCACCAGAAAAUAACUAUCUUAGCAAAAUUCUCGAGACUAAGAUGGUUGAUGCAUUUCAAAGUUCUAGCAUUUACAGACAAUACAUCAAUUCUCAAGUCAUCACACUAGUUCCUGAUCACAACAGCGUGACAGCAAAUAUAUGGCUGAUAUUCAAGGCUCCCAGAUCAAUGAAGGAAAACACAAGAAGAAGAAUUGAAAGCAUCUUACGUCAAAUGCUAAGGAACCACUCAGGAUCCUUGACUACAGAUCCUGAUUCUCUUAGACUCGAGGAAAUCAGUAAGGUCAAUGCUGAAAAGAUUAUCAACAAUCGCUGCGGGAGACGAGCAAGGAUGUCAGCUACAUAUGAUAGAAUCAAGGGAGGUUCCACUGCUCAGGAGGGAGAGUGGCCCUGGCAAGCAAGUCUCCAACAGAAUGGCCGACACUACUGUGGGGCAUCUUUGAUCGGUGAAAGAUACCUGGUGACUGCAGCUCACUGCUUUCGAAAGACAGAAGAUCCAAAAAACUAUACUGUCAGCUUUGGCACCAAAGUAAGUCCUCCCUACAUGCAACAUCAUAUUCAACGAAUUAUUAUUCAUGAAGACUACAUCAAGGGUGAACAUCAUGAUGAUAUUGCAGUUAUACUGCUCACUGAAAAAGUUUUAUUUAAGAACGAUGUACAUCGAGUUUGUCUUCCUGAAGCCACACAGAUUUUUCCACCAGGUGAAGGAGUAGUUGUUACAGGAUGGGGAGCACUUUCAUAUGAUGGUGAAUACCCAGUGUUACUUCAGAAGGCACCUGUGAAGAUUAUUGAUACAAACACUUGUAACGCUAAGGAAGCAUAUAAUGGUAUGGUACAAGACACAAUGCUGUGUGCUGGGUACAUGGAAGGAAAUAUUGAUGCGUGCCAGGGUGACUCUGGAGGACCACUGGUUCAUCCCAAUUCUCGAAACAUUUGGUACCUUGUUGGAAUAGUAAGUUGGGGAGUAGAAUGUGGUACAAUCAACAAGCCAGGUGUCUACACGCGAGUGACUGCCUACCGCAACUGGAUUGCCUCCAAGACUGGUAUCUAAGGGAAACACAUCUUGUAGCCAUUCUUUUAUCUCAUUUUUGCCUACUACUCCUAAGCCUUAUUUAAUAUUCAUUUUAAAUUGGUAUGUAUAAUGGCUGUUUUGAAAGAAUUGUGGUCCUAAGGGAAUAUUGAUGAACUUUAACUUUAAGCAGACUCUACAAGACAAGAAAUCUCAUAUUUAGUUGACAAAAGCCUAAGUAAAGAAAGUGCUCCUAUCAGUCAUGUACUAUUACUAUUUGUUUUCUAUUUCAUGAACCCACAUCAUGGUUAUCUCACCACAGCAUAAAGCUCAUGGUUUUAGUCAUUCAGACUUUCUGUAAUUACGAAAGUAAAUCCUUGUCUGUUGCAAGUUAAAAGGCAGCACUUGAGAGACCAGAACCAAUUACCUUCCGAGGGUUGGUUUGGAACAUGCUGUAUCUGCCUUCAUUUCAUAGCUUUUGCGGAAGGCGUGUAUUUGUGAACUGAAUCUGGUCUGAAUUUAGGCACUGACUUAGCCUCCUAUUUGUAGUGGGGUCUUGAUCAACUCUUGUAAUCACUGAAAGAAUUUCACCAUCAGCAAAACAACAUGUUUUCUUGCAGAGAUCAGGUACGCUAAUUCUUCAGUGUUGAUACACUGUAGAGAAUCUGUGGAGAUUCUUUAUUUGUAAGAUACAAAAAGAUAUAGCUAUGAACCAUGAAAAUGUACUUUAAUUAAAACGAAUU